UACUCUUUGAAGCUCCUUAUAAAGAAUGUACUAUGAAUCAAUCCAUGAUCAAACAUUCUGUGUUUCAUUAAGGGUCUACAUUGUGGCAACAUGAGUGAGAGAGCUUGCUGUGAUAAAACCAUGAAUCAGAAGCUUUACUGGGCUGCAAGAACUGGUGAUAAUGCCCUGUUAAAGGCACGAGAAAUCCCUGAUAUAGAUCAGCAAGCAACGACGCCCACAUCCAACACAGCCCUUCAUAUUGCUGUGCACUAUGGGCACGACAAGUUUGUGCGAGAGCUCUCCACCCAGUAUCCAUCGCUCCUCACACAGCCGAACUCCGAGGGUGACACUCCGCUGCACAUUGCCGCAAGGACUGUAAAUGACGAAAUGGGCCUUAUAGCUAGUAUUCUUAUCUCAAGAAUAAGAGCAGAUGACAUUGAAUGUGCAUGUGCAGCUGAGAAGCUGAGAUUGAGAAACAAGGAUAAUUACAUGCCCUUGCAUGAGGCUGUUCGAAACAGCAAUCUUCAAGUGGCAAAGUUGCUGACUCAGGCUGACCGUGGUUGGUCGUGUUAUGACAAUGAUGCUGACAAGUCUCUGCUAUACUUGGCCGCCCGAACGGGAGACGUAGAUAUGGUAAGGUUGAUCCUACAAAACCCAGCAGCUUAUGGUGGUCCCAAAGGCGAGAAAGCCCUGUAUGAGGCUGCGGCCAGGCAACAUUUUGGUAUUGCGAAAGAACUUACAGAAAAGGAAAUACAAAUCAUCAGAGGAGGAGACGAACAUGGAAAAACAGCUCUCCACUAUGCAGCAGAAUUUGGCAAUUAUGAUAUAGUAGAGAAGUUGAUAUUGAAAUACCCAUCCAGUCCGUAUACGUUGGACAAAAAUGGUCACUCUCCACUUCACAUUGCAGCAAGUGAAUUCCAGCUUAAAGUAGUUGAGGAGAUGAUUAAACAUUGCCCAGAUUGUACGGAACAGCUAAGCAAGGAAGGAGAGUCCAUCCUUCAUUUUGCUGUGAAGAGUCAAAGGUUGAGAAUGGUUAUCUAUGUUGUGGAUAUAUUGGGUCUGGGAGGAUUGAUGAACAAGGCAGAUAGACAUGGAAAUACACCUUUCCACAUAUCAGCCAAACUCAAUUAUUCCAGGACAUUUUUUUAUUUUGCAUUCGAUGCGAGGCAAGAUCAAUGGGCACUUAACAAGGAACACCAGACAGCUUUUGAAAUUCAAGACAAGCAGCCUCGCAACUCAAUAUUUUCCAUGGUGUCAAACCUGUGGGCCAAGUUUUUAAGGCUAAGGAGUUGGCGAGAAUGGUUAAAGAAGCUUGAGAAAGAAGAACAAGAUACUGAAAUGAUAAAGUCAUACAUGCAAAAGGCUGGGACUCUGGGGACAGUAGCAACUCUCAUUGCCACUGUUACCUUUGCAUCUGCUUUACAGGUACCUGGUGGGUUCAAUAGUGGAGAUAACUCAAUCCCGGGAAUGGCCACACUCGCAGGAGACCCAUUCUUUGAAGAUUUUAUGAUAGCUGAUACCAUAGCUAUGGGCCUCUCCUUAACAGCUAUGUUUCUCAUACUCUUUGGGACCUACUUUAAUAACAAAAAACUCAUCAUUUUUAUGGAAGCUGCCAGAAUCUUGACCUUCUUGUCGUUCCUGUCGACUGGGAUGGCUUUCAUGGAAGGUGUGGCUGCAGUGUUGCCUGGUGGUAACCUUAGAAAUCUCAUCACUAGAGGAUAUGGAAUCGCCGUAUGGUGCCCAUAUUUUUUUGCAGUCGUUGGGUUUCUCAUAUUUUUUUACCCAUUAGUGGUUCCUACUGCUCUACUUGCUUACCAAUAUACGCCCCAUCAACUUAGACAAAAAAAGUGGUACUCUAAAUAUACUUGGUAUAUUUGUUGUCUUUACCGAUGAUAUGUACUAAUUUAUGUAUUCUACCAAGCUUUCAGGGAUUAUUAAAUCUAUGUAUUAAUUUGUUAUGUGUGCAAAAAGAGAAUUUCAUUAUCUUCCCUUCUAAUUAUAUUGCCUACUUUUGACUA